UGUUGGAAUCGGAAAUUUAGUUUACAGCGUUACUCGAGAAACGACGGUUGUUUAUUUUUAAAUAUGGAGUGGACCGAAGAAACUGCGCUAAAAUUGAUAGAGAACUACAAAUUAUACAAACAUUUGUGGGAUCCCAAAGACAGAGAAUAUUUUAAAAAAGAAAAGAAAGUUGCCGGGUGGAAUAAAAUUGCGCGAGCCGUCGGUAAAUCUGCAGAGUCUUGCAAGAAAAAAGUUGCAAGUUUAUUGGCGACCUAUAGAAAGGAAAGAAACAAAGUAAUAAAGUCGUCUAUACGAGUAGGAGCAGCAGGUGAAGGUCAAGUGUAUAGUACCCGCUGGUUCGCCUAUGAAGCUUUCCAGUUUCUAGAAGAAAGAUACGUGCCCAGGAUGGUAAAACGACUUUUAAAUGAGACCGAAGAGGUUCCUGAAAUAACAGCGGAGAAUGAUGACAGUGAAACUUUACCGACACCACAACCUACUGAGUCACAGAUUCCCGAACCACCCACCAAACUUCGUCGCAGAAAUGCUCCUGAUCUACAAGAAGCCGCGUUAUAUGUUAAAGAAGCUAUCAACACACUUAAUACAGCUUUGCAAAAGAUUGAUUCCUAUGAAGACGAUUGUGACCUCUAUGGCAAAAUGUUAGCAAAUAAAUUGAGAAGACUGUCAGAAACCGAACGACUGCAAUUCAUGUAUGAAAUAGAUGGAAUGUUUAUAUGCCGACAAUCAAAUCGUAUACAAGAUCCGUUGUAUGGUCCUUCGCCUUAUCCUUCGCCUCAUCCUUCGCAUCAUUCCGAUACUUUAAAUCGACCACCUUCUAUUAAAAGUUGCUACUCCGAACCCAUGAUGUAAAUAAACAAGGUGUAGUUGGUAUUAGUGAUGGGCAUAAUCGAAUGAUCGUCAAAAUCGAAUACUCGAAUGAUUGAAAAUCAAAUUUAUCGAGUAUUCGAAUCGUAUCAUUCGAAUGAUUUAUUAUUUUCCAUCAUCAUCAAUGAAUCAAUGAUUGGGUAGUUCAAGAUCAACGUGUCAAAAGUUAAUAUAUUGACAGUUAACUAUUCAAUCAGAACGCAAUACACCAACGUCUAAAACGUCAUACUACGUCAAUAUUUACUUUUAUAUAUCAUGCAACUGUUUUGGCUUACGGCACUGACGCGCGGCCGUCUGAUUGGAGUGACUGGGUGAUUCCCCGACUUGACAGAAAUCUAUCCAAUCAGAUCUUAGUACGCUAAAAGCCUAGACACAAAAACGUUGCAUGUGUA